UUGAUUGACACGUCAGAGCAGCUGCGCAUGCAGAGACAAGUCAGCGAAAUCUCAGCUGAGAUCAGCAAUCUUCCUAAAAUCAACCCAUGUUCUGUGGAAUGAAAUGUCGCAAAUCAACCCGAACACGCCAUCAAGUGUGACAGAAGGUUACCCGGUGACGAAUCUGACUUUAGUCGUGCUUCUGCUCAUACCGUGCGUGGUCAUCCUGCUCCUGCUCAACUGCCUCUUCCUGGGCUACAAGUUAAUGAUCCUGUCAAAGAGGCAGCAGCGGAAGCGCGAGGACACCGAGGAGAUGCUUCUGCAAUCCAACGUGCACAGACUCAGGACAGGCUCGGACCUGGCCUUUUCCCCGCUGCAGGACGGGAGGAGAGUGUAUGUGUCAGUGUCAGAGCCUGUGCUGCCGCAUCCUGUCACUUCCUCCAGGGCUUCAUCCAGGGAGAGGGCCGGGCUGGACCACAGGACCCGGCUCCUCAGGCCCGACGGUGCCACCGGCUCCGGGUCUCUGAGGGCGCCGAGCACCAUCCGGGCCACUUCCUCCGCAGCUGGUUUCAGCCCCAGACUUGACCUGCGCUCCGGCUCGCGGACGCACAGCGCCAGGAAAGGUGGCUGGUGCAGGAGCGCACCACUUCUACCACAGUCCAGCGACUCAGAGGCCGAAACCAGACUCAACCUGGCUCCACCAAACUCUCCCACGGAGACAGAACAUGUGGGUUAUAUUUAUCAGAGCAGGACUCAUGCGAUGCUGAAAGAUGUGAACCCAGCUGCUGCAGCUGCUGCGGUGCAUGUGUUUGACAGAGUCGAGAUGGAGUGCGAGUACACCAACCUACCUUCAGAGACGUCCUGUCUGAACAUGUCCGCAGUGGGGCCUGGACUCGACAGCGACUUCGGUGCAAGUGCAGGUGUCUCCCUGCGGAUCCUGUCAGCAGACAGCGACAGCCUGUCCAACGGUGUGAUAGCUUCAGUUUUGGAGUGGGAUUAUUAUGACCCUUGCUACGUCAAACAGAACAACGUACCCCGACAUAAACACCACAGGCCUGCAGUGCAUACUAAACAGUACUGGGUGUGAAACGAGAAGUGAUUUUAAAGUUUAUUUGUUUAAUUUUAUUUAAAUAACUUAUUUACUCAUUUAAAACACAUACAUGUGAUGUCAUUUGAUGUUAUUUACGUGUCACUUUUGAUCACAAUGAUUUUUCACUAGUUUGAAUUGAGAUUUUAUGAUGAAGUCACUCUGCCACUGAAGUUGAUCGGUUACAAAAUAUUUACUAUGAACGUUCACUUGCAUUGUCAAUCAUGUGCUGCACACCCUUCACUUUUAUGUUCACGUUAGUAACUGUCACUAUGUAAAAACACUGUUUGACCAGUUCUGGAUUUCAUCAACUUUCACAUCAUAAUUUAUACUCACUGAUAUUGUUAUUCACCAAUAAAAUUAAUUUAAUUACAGUGCCUAAUUGUGUUUCAUUUCAAUGCGGUGUAUGUUUCAGAAUUAUCUCCAAAUUCAAAGUCAGAACAGAACAUUAGACAUUCAACAAUAUCUCUCUGCAGCAAUACUAUUAAUUAUUGUUUUUCUAAUUCAGAGACCUCAAUAUUUCACUGAGAGUGACGCACAGUACUUUGGUUGGUGCCAGUGCUUCUUGGGUGUUUUUACAUCAAUGGACAUGCAUGCGGAUAACUCAAUUGUGAGGUAAUGAGAGAAUUAUAUCAGAAGAGACAGAAGAAAGUCUUUCAAGUUAUAGAAAAGCAAAACAUUCCCUUCCCACAGUGCCCUAUUAAACAAAACCUGUGUGUGAAAAAAUGUCCCAUCGUGAAGAUAGGGCACAAGUGUCCAAACAAACGUGUCCCAAUCACCAAAAGAGGCAUAA